UUUAUUGAGUUGCCAGUUGCACAGCAGGAGAAUCGCAUGCUCAUUGAUUCUUCUCUGCAAAAUCCAUGGACGGAAUGGACCGCUGCUCGGCCAAUUACGUUCCUCUCACUCCAAUCACCUUCUUGGAGCGCUCCGCCGCGGUCUACGGCGACCGGAUUUCUCUCGCCUAUGGACGUGUUCAAUACACUUGGAGAGAGACGCUUUUGCGAUGUACCAGGCUCGCUUCUGCUCUUGUUCGAAUGGGAAUCGCUCGCGGAGAUGUGGUUGCUGCCUUGGCACCGAAUAUUCCAGCUAUGUACGAGCUACAUUUUGCUGUACCGAUGGCUGGUGCAGUUCUUUGCUCCCUCAACGUACGCCAUGAUGCGGCAAUGGUUUCUACACUGUUGAGCCAUUCGGAAGCUAAAAUCAUUGUUGUAGAUUACCAGUUUGAACAUAUUGUAAUGGGAGCAAUUAAAGCUAUGUCCGAAAGGAGAGAAAAGAUACCUCUUGUUGUCAUUAUUAAUGAAUAUGAUCAGCCACCUUCCUACAUCGACAGAGAGGGCUCUGCUUCAGAAUAUCUAGAGUUUGAGAGCCUUUUAGAGUCUGGAAAACUCGAUUUCAAGAUCAGGCGGCCUAAAUAUGAAUUGGAUCCAAUUGCUCUUAAUUAUACUUCUGGCACAACAUCAAGGCCAAAAGGUGUUAUUUACUCCCAUAGAGGUGCAUAUCUCAAUGCUCUUUCUGCAGUUCUUCUGAAUGAUAUGUGCUCACUCCCUGUGUAUCUGUGGGUUGUUCCAAUGUUCCACUGCAAUGGAUGGAGCUUAACUUGGGGCGUGGCUGCACAGAGCGGCACAAACAUCUGCCAGAGAAACGUGAGUGCUAAAGAAAUUUUUGAAAAUAUCUCUCUGCAUAAGGUUACUCAUAUGGGCGGUGCACCUACUGUCUUAAACAUGAUUAUCAAUGCACCAACAAGCGAACAGAAGCCCCUUCCACGGAAGGUAACCAUGAUGACUGGUGGCGCUCCGCCGCCUUCCCAUGUUCUUUUUAAGAUGAGAGCAAUGGGAUUCCUGAUUGUCCAUGCAUAUGGUUUGACCGAAACUUAUGGGCCAGCAACAGUUUGCUCUUGGAAACCAGAAUGGGAUUCACUCCCUCAAGAUAAACAGGCAAAGCUAACUUCUCGCCAAGGAUUGCAGCAUGUUGGGCUAGAGGAAGUGGACAUAAAGGAUCCUGUCACCAUGGAGAGUGCUCCAGCCGAUGGAAAAACCAUUGGUGAAGUUAUGGUCAGAGGCAACACUGUGAUGAGUGGAUACUUAAAAGAUCUCAAAGCUACACGGGAAGCCUUCAAUGGCGGAUGGUUUCGAAGUGGGGACUUGGGGGUGAGGCACCCUGAUGGUUACAUAGAACUGAAGGACCGUUCUAAGGACAUAAUCAUUUCUGGGGGAGAGAAUAUUAGCUCGAUUGAGGUGGAGUCUGUUCUUUUCAGCCAUCCAUCAGUUCUUGAAGCUGCUGUUGUGGGAAGACCUGAUGACCGCUGGGGUGAAACUCCAUGUGCAUUUGUGAAGCUCAAAGAUGGGUGCAGUGCCAGUGAAGAAGAUAUUAUAAAAUUCUGCAGAGAACACCUGCCUCACUACAUGGCUCCGCGAAGUGUGGUGUUCAAAGAUUUGCCAAAAACUUCGACAGGGAAAACUCAGAAGUUUAUUCUCAAGGAGGAGGCCAAGGCCAUGGGUAGCCUUCCAAAACAGACCAGCAAACUGUAAUAAUCGAGGCUCGGUUGGUAUCAGUUGACACCUUCACUCAUUAAGUGGCAUUUAAUGUUGUUGUACUUUCGGCUUUUACAGCCUCAGGGAAAUUAAGUCGUCGUAGUGGUGUGAAUUGUAUGGUACAUAUUUAUUACUUCCUAUGUAACCUUUGUUUACAUUUUUCUUACAAAAUGUUUAAAUCUAUUUUAAUCUCACGUUUUAACA